GGCGGAUGGAGGAGGUGUAGAAGGUCUACUUACGUCCGUGCUACUUCGAAGUAGUAGGUGAAGGUGCAGCAGGGCUGUGUUGGAUUUCGUGGGGAAGAAGGUUUAUGCUUGUGGAGUUGUGGAACGGAACUGCAGCACUUUUCGAAGGUGGCUGUUGGUGGCCUGCUAGACCCAAAAAGGGACCGAGAUGGAAGAAGAAGGGAAUGGGAAGCAUGGAACGAGGAUAUAUAAUGGUGGAAUCCUUCGAGUUUGUUGAUCCUGCCAUGCACAUCAUCAUUGGAUUCCAGAAAUCGGUUUCUGUUUUGUUUCUGGAAUCGCUAGGGCCGUUUUCCGUUUUCCCACCAACAGGACGGUUAUUGAUACGGUGGUACUCGAGUACGUACUUAGUUACUCUUUCGUCACCGAUUCGGCUAUAUGAACCCUAAUACGAUACUUAUACACUCUCAUUGCCAGCAUCUCAUAAUAUCUUUUAUUUCUUGCCGGUCGGAAUUUAGAUAUCUCGACUUUCGAGUGACUGGCUCUCGUUCGAUCUGGAUAGGUUGAUGCAGGACUGGAACCUGUCCAACAGCAACAGCGACGAUAAAAAGGACGACAUUUUGGUUUCGGCAACUAUUCGCGGCUUCUUGAUCCUCCUCGUGCCGAAGGAAUCGUUCUGUGCUACCUGGCUUUAAACGAAGCCUCAGCACAUAUACUUAGCAACAGUACUCCGGACCUACACUUACACCUUACCAACACCUGCACAACACAUUUCCAGCUCCUCGGCUUCGGUUUGGUGGAAGAGGGAAAUUGUCUGAAGCAAGGUAAGUUUUUUUCAUCCCUUUUUUGGUUGUAAUUCAUCCUUGUCAAAAAUAGGUUGGGAUUGGUUUGUAAAUCCUUCCCCUUCCGUCGAGUGCAAUUGGAAGUCCAGGGCUGGCGCCGGCAUCCCACAGGCGGCUUCUGAUCGCCCACCAAAGCUGCCGCUGCCAUGCCGCUACUGUACCUUUACCUUCCAGACCACCCCAUCCCAUCUCUACGCAUCUGCAACACAAGCUUAUAGUUGUACUCUGCUCUGGCUUUAUUCAGCAGAGGAACACCUUGUGUUACGUGUGAUUGACUUGUGUUGCUGUUGCUGUUGCCGUUGUCAUCCAUUUCGGUCGCAUUCCAUUUUUGCCUCCGCGCCCUGCUUCUCUGUUGCUUCCUCUUCCUCCUCCUCCUCCUCCUCCUCCUCCUCCUCCAUCAUGACCUUGGCCGAUUCUUCCUCUGCUCUCGUGCUCGAAUUGUCACCAGCUUCUUCACAACUCCACAACUGAUCUGUCGACAGCUUCACUCACUACACCUCUGACAGCUUCCCCAGACCAUCUAGCACCCCGUGGCGCCCUCACUACCCCGCAUGGUCAGUAUCAGUGUCAGUGUGAGUGUCAGUCUCCGACAGCCCUUAAAAAUGCCGGACACAAAUACGAACAGCGAUCAAUCCAAACCAAAAUCGAAAAGGGCAAGCAGGCCCAAGGUCAAGACGGGUUGCACCAAUUGCAAGUAAGUGGUCAUGAGCACUUGGUCCGAACUCCACGAUACCUCCCGCUUCCCGUCCCGAUGCCGCCAUUUAAAGUUUGAUAGCCACUAACCCAAGCGUAUUGCAGAAACCGUAGAGUUAAAUGUGACGAGACGCGACCACAAUGUACGAAAUGCGUGAGGUCGGGAAGGAAAUGCGACGGAUUUCCAGCUGUGAACAAACGACCGGGCGAGGUUGCGCUAAUUGCUCCACGCCCUGAUUCUUCCUCAAUAUCUCCCCCAUCACAUUCCAUUACCUCUUUCGCAAACCCUCCAGACUUGCGAUCUAUUAUUCGACGACCUACACGCACACUCCCUCAGCAAAAUUCCAGACUCACUCCUCCCACCACGCCUGUGGUUCGAUUUAUACCUCAAAAUUAUAUGACCGACUUUCUCCCUUUCGAUUCGCAAGAAGGUCAAUACUUUCAAGUCUUUAGAACACAUACAGCCAACGAAUUGUCAGGUUUCUUUGAUUCGGACUUUUGGACAAGAAGUGUGCUGCAAGAAAGUCAUGCAGAAGCUUCCAUUCGCCAUGCUGUGGUAGCACUAGGUGCUCUUUAUAAAACCUUGGAAAAAGCAUCGGAAUCGCCACCGGGAUCCCCAGAUAAUAAUAAUACAUUUGACACAGCUCCAAACCAUUAUAGAUUCGCCUUGCAACAAUACGCACAAUCCGUUACAAGAUUACGAGAAUCUAUGACGAACAAUGAAACAAAUUCACAACGAACUAUACUAAUAUCCGUGGUACUUUUCACUUGUUUUGAAUCAUUUACGGGAAACCAUACUUCCGCCAUUACCCAAAUCCAGCAUGGACUCGGUCUACUGGAAGAGCGACGGCAGGAUAGACGACAACCACUGGUGAGACAGCGGAAUGAUGUUGUCGAAGACGAAUUGGUUCAGAUGUUUACUCGCCUAGCGAUUCAGGCCAAAUCUUAUGAUAUGGCUUUUCACUUUCCACACCCCUGGGUCAUUCGCUUAACACCAGCCACCAAUCCGACCACUCCACAGUCACCUACUUCUCCUUCUGACGCUGGUUCUCAUGAUGGUUCUUUUGAUACCAUCAUCCCGGGCACUUUUAGGACUCUGCAAGAAGCACGGACGGCUUUAGAUUCGCUCGUUGCACGGGGUAUGCGCUUUUUGGAGGCCAUGUCAUUAUUUUAUCACGGUCCCAAUGGUAUCCUCCCCCAGGAAGUCAAAUCACAGGGAGGUGGAUUUCGUACACAACUAGCGAAUUGGGCUAGUGCUUUUGAACAGCUGCUUGCGGGCCGUCGUGGACCGAACUUUUCAAAUACAGAGCGUGCGGGAAUACUUGUUCUCAAAAUGACGCAUCUUAUGAGUUCGAUAUUAUUUCUGAUGGGAUUCAGCACAUCGGAAAUGGAUUUCGAUCAUUAUGCCCCUUAUUUUAAGGACAUUGUUGAGCUGGGGAAAGAGGUAGUUGUGGAUGAGGAAUUGACACUUGCGCAACAAAGGUGUGAAAGUCCGUCGAGUUGCAAACAUCGUCAACCGCAUACGAAUAGUUUUCACUUUCCUGGGAUUACCUCGCAACAACCAGGUCUUUUCCAAGACGAGGAUUCGUAUACACAUAUCAAAGCAUCAUUCGCCCUAGAUUUAGGCAUCGUCCCACCAUUAUUUGUCGUUGCUACUAAAUGUCGCGACCGGAAAAUACGACGAGAGGCCAUCAAAUUAUUAAAAAACAGUCCCAGGAGAGAAGGAAUGUGGGAUAGUAUACUCUGUGGUAGAGUCGCGCAAUGGAUCAUGGAGAUUGAAGAGGAGGGAAUGGGCGAGUAUCUGGGAUAUGGUUUGGGGAGUAUGGACGAAGCCGUGGUGGAGUUUGAUAGGAGGGUUAUGGUUAAGGAGAUUACUUUUGAUAUGCAGAAGAGAGAGGCGACAUUGAGGUGUGGAACGAGGGGGGCAAGGGAUGGAGAUUACGAUCCGAGGGCCAAUGAGACGCACAUUUGGUGGUGAGGAACCCGACUCAUCGGCUGUUUGAAGUGGGUAUGGGACUGGCCAGUUUCGAUACUGUUGCCAUAGCAGAGAGUUGUCGUGCUGCGAAAAGCAUGACACGGCGUCUGUCAACCUCCUUGCUGAGCGAGGCGGUCAGCUUGUUAUCGUAUCCCUCGAUAAUAAAUGCCCAUUUCUCGAUGCCCAUUCGAAAAAUACCAAGAGACUCGCUACGAGUGUACGAUAUAAAAGCUGUAUAUACCCAACUCGCCUGGGUGCGACCACAGGAGAAGCCGAGAAGUUCUCCCAUAACACGAGGAAGCGAUGGGCAGGGGCGCAUCGGCGAAGGAUCUUGGCGUCUUUCAGCAUUUUAACUCAUUCCUUCUGUUCUUUGUAGUAUCUAGCCUAUUUGAUGUAGUGUUUUAUCUUCUGUCAUAUAUCUAGUAUUAUUCUUAUACUUGUGUUUAUAUAGUUUUGUAAGCAUCAUUAGUUAGCCUCGGAGUAUACAAG